AGUAAUUACUAUUGAAUAUUUAAUUAAUUUCAAAUAAUCUGUUUCAAUAAAUUCCUCUGUUCAGAGCACCGCAUUCCCUCGUUUGAACUGCUGGAAUUAGUUUCAUCAGCAUCAGCUUAAAACGUGCACGUGAGAAAGCACACUCAACACGCAUAGCCUCACAAAUAUCUCAAGUCUAACGAUUAUCAGUGAGUUAAAUAAAUAAUUAUAAAUUGUAAUAGCCGAAUUAUUUAACUAGUCUACCAAGAAGAUGUCGUGGCUUCUUGGUGCUCGGCAUCAACAGCAACAGCAAGAUUUUUCUCAAUUUGUUACUGGAGGAGCUGCUGGUGCUGGUGCUGGUGCUGGUGCCGGUGGCGAUGAUCCACCAAAGAAAUCCGGAGGCGGAUCAGGCAUGGAUGCUUACAGAUUCGACUCAAGUGCUCUUGAGCGCGCGGCCAAGGCCGCCAAGGAGUUGGAAAAGUCACCUCACGCGAAAGACAUCUUGGAGAUGACGAAAGUCCAAGACCAGACCAAGAUGAAAGAGCACGAGGCUGCGAUCGAGCAAUUCAAAGUCGAGCAGGAGAGAAUCAAGGGUGAGGAAAGAAGAAAAGCCAUUAUUGAAGAAACAAAACAGCAUCAACAGCGCGCUCAGUACCAGGACAGUUUGUCCAGAAAGAGGUACGAAGAUCAGCUGGCACAGCAGCAGAGGAUGAACGACGAGACUCUCAGGCGACAAGAAGAGUCUAUUGCCAAGCAGGAAGCCAUGCGGAAAGAGUCCUUACUCAAGGAGGAAGCAAUGCGAAAAGCUAUCAUUGAACACGAGCUAGAGUUGAGGCAUAAGAAUGAAAUGAAGAAGCUUGAAGCUGAGUCUCGGGCUAAAGCUAAGAUUGAUCGGGAAAAUCACGAUAUUAAUUUAGAAAGAAUUAAAGUUGAAGCUGCUGAACAUCGAGCCACUCUUUUGGAGUCUAUAAGAACUAAGGGAUCUAUAUUCGGAACCGGCGUGACGUUGUUUCUUCAAGACUGGGACAAAAUAACCGCCGCAGUCGGUGGACUGUCCCUUCUAGCACUAGGAGUCUUUACAGCUGGAAGAGCAACGGGAGUAGCAGCGCGAUACAUAGAAGCUCACCUCGGCAAACCUUCACUAGUUAAAGAAACUUCACGUUUCUCAGUUCUAAACGCUCUGCGUCAUCCUGUAGCUUCAGUAAAAAAAAUCUGCGAAAAGCAACCGUCAGACGCUCUAUCAGGAGUGGUCCUUGCUCCUAAGCUGGAGGAAAGAUUGCGAGACAUAGCAAUAGCAACUAAAAAUACCAAAAAGAACGGCGGGACUUACGGAAAUAUUUUAAUGUACGGUCCUCCUGGUACCGGUAAGACAAUGUUCGCGAAGAAACUCGCCCAGCACUCGGGCAUGGACUACGCAAUCGUAACUGGGAGUGACUUUGUGCGUCAAGGAGGCAACGGAGUCACAGAAGUGAACAAAGUAUUCGACUGGGCUUCGACGUCGCGCAAAGGUUUGUUGCUGUUCAUCGACGAGGCUGACGCCUUUUUAAGGAAGAGAUCCGGCGAGCAUAUAUCCGAGGAUCUUCGUGCGACGCUCAAUCAAUUCUUGGCCAAGACCGGAGAGCAGAGCAACAAGUUCAUGCUAGUGUUGGCCUCCAACACUCCCAAGCAGUUUGAUUGGGCCGUCAAUGAUCGUCUCGACGAGGCGGUCAAGUUCAAUUUGCCCGGCCGGGAAGAGCGAGAACGUCUAAUACGUCUCUACUUUGACAAAUUCGUCCUCCAGCCUGCGAUUGAAGGCAAGCAGAGGUUCAAGGUCGCCGAGUUUGACUACGGUGCGCUCUGCCGCAAGAUGGCUGACAUGACCGAAGGUCUCUCUGGAAGACAACUGGCUAAACUUGGAGCCACUUGGCAGCGCGCUGCCUAUGCUACUGAGGACGGACUCCUCACUGAGGAGAAAAUUAUUGAAAAAUGCUUAGAAGCUGUCGAGGAGUACAAAGAGAAGGUCCAGUGGCAGAGCGAAGAAGAAAAAGAAAUUUCUGCGUACAAUGAUAUUGAUAAUACGGAUACAAAAAAACCUCUGGCCAUCGAACCAGCUCCGAAAGAUGAAAAAGUAGACAAAGUCUAAUGUAUUUUAUUAAUUAAGUAAUUAAAAAUAAAAAAAAAUCCAGCUUUAAGUCAUACA